AUGCGGACUUUUUGGUUGAAAUUUUUAGCUCAGCUACGUACAGAGGAAAGCGAAGAAUCCAAUAGCAGUCGUUGUUCAUCAUCACUUCGUGCUCCAACCGCUAUACCUAAUAUUUGCUCUAAUUCAGGAACAUUUGUGUCACAUUCAGAUCAACUCAGAGAUAUCGAUCCAAUCAUAUCAACUGUUUCACCUGACCCCAAUCGAAAUGACACGACAUUUGUUUGCAGUCAGAGUGUAAAUAACGCAGAGUUAUCGUUACCAUUUAAGUCAGCAACAGCGGAAGCACUUUUAAGAAGCAAAGGUGUGCUAACAAGCAACAUAUUUGCGCACCCUUUGACCUUACCACCUGCUCCAUCUUCACCUCCAGCUGUAUCUGUACCUGCAAUUGUACCUGUACCCGCACGCGCACUUGUACCUGAAUCUGUAUCUAUCCCUAUACGAACUUUUCCAUUAAUAGCGAAUUCGUGCCAGGUGCCACAUACCAAUUCCACAUUUCCCUCUUUACUGACAUCUGUACAGCAGCAUCUUACCUUCGAUAUUCCAGAUUUACGUGCGAUUGACUCAGAAGAUACCGAUAGUAGUUGCCAGACAACACCGGAAAACUUGCGUCACGCACCAGCAAAUACAAUCAAUCAGAAUCGAAAAUUGAUCAUUCGUUUUGCUAUUCUGAAACCAGUUUUUGAAUAUGACAUUGAUUAA